CGCCGACAAUUUGUGGACCAAAAGCUUUCGUGACCGCUUGACGUUUGUUCAAAUUGCGGGCUGCGUUCAUGCUUAGCAUUAGCAACAUUUGGCUUGCACGGGGUCAAGCGGAAAGCGGAACAGAGCUGCAAGCUUUGAGCUCCCAUUCCAUCCAUCGCUAUAUUUUAUUAUUAUUAUUAUUAUGAGGCGAAACGAAAUUUGUAUGAGCAACCCGUUCCCGAUGACUCGACGUUGAUGCUCUCCGGCAAUGUUCACGUCAAAACUCCUCCCUCGCGUGAGUCUACUUCACAGGGCAACUUUUUUCCAUGGAGAAAUUGUAAGCGGACGCGCGCGGCCAGCAGUCGCCGCGCGCCGCUCGUCGCUCGACAAAACACGGAGAUGCUACUCGACCGCGGCCGACAACAGAUGUCCGCCUCGCUGGGUCCAGCUGGAGCCGGAGCUCGACGAGGCGCUCGUGCCUCGGAAGCUGUCGGUCAGUCCUCUGGAGAGCUGGCUCUCGCUGCGCUACGCCCUCCCUCCGGAGUCGGCUCGGCCCGAGGAGAAGGUGCUGCCGCCCGCCAGCGUUUCCGUUCUCGAGGACGAGGGCGGCGCGGCGGCGACGACGCCCCUCCGGUGCAAGAACGUUCUGGAGAUCCGACGGCGCAAGAUGAACCACCACAAAUACAAGAAGCUGCUCAAACGAACUAAAUUCCUGAGGAGGAGAGUGCGGGAGAGCAGGGGCAGGAAGAAGCAGAAACGUUUUGAGGAGGAUCUGAAAAGGAUCUGGAGGCGGGCCGGCCUGAAAAAGCCUCCCGAGGGAUGGAGCGCCCCAAAGCUCUUCAUCAAGCAAUACGGGAACAAAAGAGACUGAGACAUUUGAGAGUGUCACAUAUUUUCACACUGGACGAUGCUCGAUGUUUAUCUCAAUUGUGUGAAAAGCGGAAGAAAAAAAAACAAAACCCAACCCGAGGACGUGUGCAGUCUCCUUUUAAUCGGCACCAUCUCCGUCAUCCUCCGUUGCGGCGUUCGAUCGAAAGUCCUCUCCAGGCGCACUUCCUCGUCGACACUGCAGGUGGCGGUGUCGAGCCGACUGAGAAGAGAAGCGCGCGCCCGCCGCAAUCAAGUCAAAACAUUCUUGCGAGGAAAAUAAAUUGAUGGAAAAAUGUU